UGUAUUUGAAGUCAUCUUUGAAUACAUUGAAUGCAAGCAUUGAAUCGUUGUUUUGCAACAAAUUCAGUGAUCGCGCCAUAAGUCGACUUCAAUACUGUUUUGUCCAAACAUUUGAUCACAUUUUGUAUCAUCACUUGUGUUGAUAUCACUAAAUCCAACCAAUUUGUCCACAAUUGUCACCCAAAUGGCUCCCAAAGCGGCAAACAAAUCCACUCCUAAACCUAAAAAGUCUGCCCGAACUGCAGUUAAGAAAAGUGCGGCCAAACCUAAGGCUAAACCCGCGGUUACUAAGAGAACCACUAAAGCAAAGGCAACGCCAGAGACUGUUAACUCUGUCGACAUCAGCGGCGAUGAAGUGGUAAAUGAGGUGAAACCAACUUCAGUGGCCAAUGCGGGCGCGUCUCCAGCAAAGAGAAGCCGAUCUAAAUCUCCGGCUAAGAAAGCAGUCGUUAAAAAGUCUACGAAAGCGACGACCAAAAAGAGCGCAGUGAAGACAACUACGACCGUUGUUACGGCUUCACCAUUGAGAUCACGAUCUGCUUCUCCAAGAAAGACAGACACGGAUGCGUCGGCACAGAAUGGCGCCACAACUGCACCAACAUCUGCAAGUCCUAAGAAAUCACCGAAAAAGUCAGCCCCAGUAAAGAAAGCGACGAAAAAGACCGCCAAAACUCCAUCCAAGUCACCCAAAGCUAAGACAAGCAGAGCCAAGAAAUCGGUACCGAAGAAAAAUACUUCUCCACCCAAACAAUCGACUACUGAUGUCAGCAGUGGUUCGCCUCCAAAACCGGUGUCACCUAAGAAAUCGCCGGCCGUUAAGAAAGCAGCGCUCAAGAAGAAAACAAAAACACCAUCGAAGGCAAAGGCAACCAAAAAGACGACGACUCCAAAGCCUAAGAGAGGACAGAAAAAGACAGCAAAGGCUUAAUCUAAACGAUAAACAACGCGAAAGUACUUCACGUUUUAAAUUUCGAUGAUUUAUAAUUAUAUUUUAGUAAAACAAUUACAAAUUUAAUUGAAAUAUAUUUAUAUAUAUAAAUAUAUAUCA